AAAUAUUAAUGUAGCAUACAAGAAUUUUAAGGAUAUAUUGUUUCAAAAAAAAAAUCAAGGAUAUAUAUUAAGGAAAAUGUUGAAAAUAUAAACACUUAUUACACUAAUUUACGCUUGUCUUUGUCAUGAAUUCCUAAUUUUAUACAAUUUUCAAGAGUAAAUUUAAUGAUUAUAUAUAGCUCUUAAAUUAGGACUACAUAUAACAUUACCCCUUUAUUAAAUUAACUUUUUUUAAAAUUACAUAAGACAACAUUAAGGACUUGUUCUCAUUGAGUGAACUUAGUUGAAUUGAACAGAACUGAACUGAAUAUUUUAUAAGAGAAGGAAAUUAAAAGCUGAAAUGAAUUGGAUUUCAACGUAUGAGAACAGACCCUAAUACAAGUAAAUAUAUGUGCAUUUGCAUAGGCCCAAACGAGUUGAACCUAUAACCUAUAACUCCAUAAGCCCAAAAAAAAAAAAAAAAAAAAAAAACUCCUCUUGCUCCUUACUUCCUCAGUCCUCACGUUCACGUAUCACGUAUCACGGUAUCAGUGUACCAAAUGUAUUUUUGACGCAGGUCUAAGGCUUUAUAAUUGUAAUCAUCAAUUCAUCAUAUCAAUUUCACAAUCUAGGGUUUAAUUUAAUUUGAUUGUUAUCAUAUCAAUUUCACAAUUUAGGAUUCGAAAUUCUGAACUAUUGUUUCUAAUUACUAAGAUUAUGAAUGAUCAUAACCAGCCAAAAAAGAGAAUUAUGAGCCUAAUUGAUAAUUGAAUCAACUAUCCCCAAAAUUAUACGAGUAUGAUUUUUCGAGAUAAUAUAAUUAAUUGAAAUUUGGUUGCCAAUGUAUUGCAGAACCUUUGAAGGUGAAGAUGGUACUGAAACGAUGCGGCGUAAACAAGAAGAGGAAGGCGGAACCCAAUGUCUCACUCGAAGAACUCAGCCACCUUCUAGCAUCGUCAACUAAAAACGAAAGUAUGAAGAAAGGAAGCAUCGAAAUCCUGUUAAAUUACAUCACCCCACAAUCCAACCCUGAAUUUGUAAUGGCUGUUUUGGAUGAGAUAAUGGAGUUUGUGAAGCUUAAGAAAAAAGGAGAUUUCUAUUUUGAUCUCUACCAAAGCUUAAUUCAAGCUCUAGUUUAUUCUCCUUUGGGAGUUGAAUUCUUUCUUGAUUCUUUAGCAUCAAACUACUUCAAGUACAUUGAUGUACGCUAUUUUACCUUAAUGAGUGUGGAGAAGACAUGUAAUACACUUGACAAAAGGAUAAUUUCAGGUAAAUGUACGACUGAAGGAGAUGGCCUACAAGUAAGCCUAGAUCACUCAAUAAACAAGAUCCUCUUCAUCCUUUCACACAUUCCUCCAUUAGGUGACUCAGAUACCGACUUUGAAGUGUGGAGCAAUGGCUUUUGUUCUAAAGAAGGCAAUACUCAGGAGAGUCCUAAGUGUAAAGAAAGGAGAGGUGGCCAGGAGGAAAAAGAUAAAUCUGCUAAAAAGAGAGUAAAGCUGAAGCUGAAGUUUACCAAGGCUUGGAUGUCAUUCCUUAAGUUACCACUUUCGGUUGAGGUCUACAAGGAGGUACUUGUCAAAUUGCCUCAGGCUGUCAUUCCUUAUUUGUCUAAGCCCGAGAUGCUAUGUGACUUCUUAACAAGAUCCUAUGAUGUUGGCGGAGUUGUUAGUGUAAUGGCUCUAAGUGGAGUCUUUGUUCUCAUGACACAGCAUGGUAUAGAAUACCCUGACUUCUAUCAGAAGCUAUAUUCACUUUUAAUACCAUCUGUAUUUAUGGCAAAACAUCGCGUUAAAUUUUUUGAGCUGUUGGAUGUCUGUUUGAAAUCCCCACUUCUUCCAGCAUAUUUGGCUGCUGCUUUUGCAAAGAAGUUGAGCCGACUGUCUCUUGUAGUACCUCCUUCUGGGGCACUGGUUAUCAUAGCACUGGUCUACAAUCUUUUGCACAGACAUCCAUCAAUUAAUUUUUUAGUUCAUCAGUGUCUGUCACAGGAAUCCCAUGGAGAAACUUACAGUGCUGAUGGUAAUGUUGUUGUUGCCUCUGACAUUAUCGGAGGAAAGCAAGGGUUUGAUGUUUUCAAUGAUGACGAAAGUGAUCCUUUAAAAUCAAAUGCAAUGAGGAGUUCUCUUUGGGAGAUUGAUACACUUCGCCACCAUUAUUGUUGUCCUGUUUCGAGAUUUGUUUUGUCACUAGAAAAUGAUUUGACUGUAAGAGAUAAAACUACAGAAAUGAAGGUUUCUGACUUCAGUUCUGCUUCAUAUUCUACAAUAUUCAAGGAAGAGAUGAGACGAAGGGUAAAACUAGAUCGUCUGGCAAAGACAACACCAACACCAACAUCCACAUCCUUGUUUUCUGAGUCGGAAUUUCCCGGUUGGACUUUCAACUGCGAAGGUUGAAAGUUUUGUAAUCGAAUCACCGUAGUUUGUGUAAGCUAAAUUUUGUCCCAAGGUUGGUAAAUUUACGUGGAACUGGUGAAGCUAAGGAUGAACUGGAGAGUAGAAUAACUUAGUUUUAAUUAGUCUUGAAUUAUAUUGACAUUGUAUAUAUUGCUACAUUUUAUCUAUUUAUUUAUUUUUCAUUUUAUUUCAAAAUGUUUUUUACUAGCUGGCCGUUUGUAAAAAGGCCAGCUGCAUAGUGCAUAGGUCUAAUGAGUAGCAACUAUAUAUCAUACUUAAAAUAAAAAUUAAAUUUGCU